AUGGAUUCUGAUUCAAGAGUAAUUCUACUCAUAUAUCUUACUGCGAAAAUCACUUUUUAUUGUCCAAUUGUUAUCAUAACUAUCGGAACUAUUGGAUGUUUUUGCAAUUUUAUCACAUUUACUUCUCGUAAACUAACAAGUAAUUCAUGUUCAUUUUAUUUUCUUGGUGCAGCUAUAUGCGAACUUCUGACACUCUAUUUCGGCACUUUUGCACGACUUCUUAGCAAUCAUUUUGGAUUUCAUCUACAGGAUCAAUCACGAGCUUUUUGCAAAAUACGAUUAUAUCUUAUCAAUGUUUCACCUGCCAUGGCUACAUGCUGCAUUGUUCUAGCCGCCAUGGAUCGUUAUUUAUCGACUUCAACGAAACUUGUCUAUCGUUCAUUUGCUACUAUAAAACGUGCCAAAUGGAUUACUAGUUUUUCUCUGACCAUAUGUAUUUUGUCCUACAUACAUUUUAUAGUCUUUUCAGAUUUGAAACCAACUUGUGCUUUGUUAAGCGGAUCUUAUAAUAUUUUUACCGUAGUAUAUGCAAUAGUAUGGACGUCAUUUAUUCCAUAUUCUCUUAUGCUUUGCUUCGGAUUCGGUACAUACCAUCAUAUUCAUGCAACAAAACGCCGAAUAUUUCCUGUUCAUACUCAACAAAGACGAAUACAACGUACCGAAACACAACUUGUUACAAUAACACUAUGUGAAGUGGGUAUAUCAUGUUUUUUAAUUUUUCUUCGAUUAACUUAUUAUUCAUAUAAUGUAAUCGCAAUGGGUAUGGAAAAGACAACUUAUGAAAAACUUGACCAUGGUUCACAGCCACUUGGCUAUAAACAAAUAUCAGAACGAGUUCAAAAAAAAACAUUUUCUUGCGAAGCACAAUAA